CAUUCGUAAUCUCGUUUUUUAGUAGUUGCUCUUCAUAUUUUGUUUAUUAGUGACUAAUAUACAAUUUGGAAUGUAUUUAAAUUGCAUUCAAGAAUUGUCAGUGAACGGUACCUCAUGAUUCUGUCUUCCUCUAACUUAAAACAGUCAAAAACUACAUUUAGUAUUGAUGAUCUUGACAAGAAAUAUUGGUGUAACACAGUGAGAGCAUAUUUAAUUGCAGUAAAUUUUUAAGGUUAGAUGAAGGAUGGCACAGUGAUUUGAUAACUAUAUCGCAAUUGAAGUUUUUUUUUAUGAAAUAUCAUAACGCUUAACGUUUUCUUUAUUUUGACAUAAAUAUACGAAAACUUAUAAAGAAAUAACGGUGUAAAUUUAAAUGACAAAUAAUUAUGGCAACAUCUGGUUCUGAUAAAAAACCAAGAAUAAUCAUUUUAGGAGGAUGUGGUUUCAUAGGUCGUAAUCUUGUAGAAUAUUUACUUGAUAACGAUCUUGUGUCUUUUAUACGUGUCGUAGAUAAAGUACCACCGCAAACCGCUUGGCUAAAUGCUAAACAUCAACAAUUAUUUGAGCAUCCUUUGCUUGAAUUUAAAAGCGCUAAUUUAAUCAAUGCAGUAUCUUGUCAAAAUGCAUUUUUAUCUGAUAAUCCAAUUGAUUUUGUAAUUAAUUGUGCUGGAGAAACAAAAAGUGGUCAAACAGAUCCUGUAUAUAAAGAAGGAAUUUAUAAGUUGAGUAUAAAUUGUGCUCAACAAGCUGCAAAAUUACAAGUUAAUCAUUAUGUAGAAAUAUCUUCUGGUAAUUUUAAUACUUCUGAAAAACAUCCUCUUAAAGAAGAAGAAGCUGGAGAGCCAUGGACAUUUGUUGCAAAGUAUAAAUUACAAGUAGAGAAUGAUUUAAAAAAUAUACCAAAUUUAAACUAUACAAUACUUAGACCUGCUAUUGUAUAUGGUUGUGGUGAUAGGAAUGGAUUAGCACCACGUUUAGUGGUAGGAGCUGUUUAUAAACAUUUAGGAGAAAUGAUGAAGUUACUUUGGGGACCAGAUCUUCAUAUGAAUACAGUUCAUGUGAGAGAUGUAGUUAGAGCUAUUUGGCAUGUAGUAAAUAGCCCAGAUACUAUAGGCAAAACAUACAAUGUUGUUGAUGAAGAUGAUUCAACUCAAGGAUCAAUCAGUGCUAUAGUUUCAGAAUUAUUUAACAUCAAUCAUGAUUAUUGGGGUACUGCAUUAUCCACCCUAGCUAAAACAGAUAUGAGUUCUAUUGUUGAAGAAGUAAAUGACAAACAUAUGGGACCUUGGGCAGAAGCUUGCAAUAAAGAUGGAGUGGAAAAUAGUCCCUUGUCUCCAUAUAUAGAUCAAGAGCUUCUUUAUAAUAAACAUCUAUAUCUGCAAACAGGAAAAUUAUUGAGUAUUGGAUUUACUUAUCUUUAUCCAAAACUCACAAAAGAUGCUUUAAAAGAGGUUCUUGAUGAUUACGUAAACAUGAAAAUAUUUCCACAUUCUUUGGUUCUAUAAAUUUUAAUAUUACAGACUGCCAAGAUCAAAUAUUGAAAAAGCUUACAAUAAUUUUUAUGAAAUAAUUUUUGGAGCGUUUCACCUUGUGCCUAGUAAUCUAUGCAAAUUGCAUACUUUGUAUUUGCAUAUUGUAUGUUAUAUACAUUACUCGUAUUUUACCAGCUAACAAAUAUUGUUAGUCAUGUUUAUAAAAUAAUGGAAUAUGAAGAUUUCAUGUAUAAGCCUAUUGCGAAUGUGAUAAACUAGGAUUUAAUGUACUUAAUUUUAUUAUAGUUUGAGGUAUGAAAUUUUUGCAUCUUAGAGUUGCUAGUCAAGUUUCGACAUUACAAAUAACUUGAAAUUAAAGAAUAAUGAAGAAUGAACGUAAAACUAGAUAUUUACAUACCUAAAUAUAAUAUAUUAUAGCACAUAACAUUAUUUGGAUAAAUAUUUUAGAGAAUCAUGUAUAUCGCCAAAAUGCUUUUUAUACUAAAUUUUUAAGACUGGAAGAAUAAAUAAAACUGUUAAACAAUUAAUGAAAUCUGUAGAAA